AACAGAUGUUUCUGUUAGCGGUCUUUGUGAAAUUGUGGUGUCUGUUUAAAUUGUUGAAAUUAUGUUUGUUUUCACAAAAGUAGAUAAUGAUAAAGAAAAGAUCGUUUUGCUUUCAUCCAAAGCGAUAUACACAAUCGGUCGCAUGUCAACAGACGUCAUUUUGGCUGAGGACCUUAGUAUAAGUCGCGCCCAUGUAAAGAUUUGUGUCUCCAAUGGCGGGCCGCUGGCCGUGGAAGAUCUGGGCUCUCGGUACGGUACAUUCAUCAACAAUGAUAUUGACCGUAACAAAAAAAUAAAUCCAAAGACUCCAACUCCAAUGCUAGUUGGAGACAAGAUUCGCUUUGGUGCCCUGAAGAAUGUGUGGAAAUUGUCGCAGCUUAAAUUGAUAACCACUGCAUCCGCGCUGAAUGUCACUGAGAUACAAGAAUUAAAUAACCUAAUAAAACCACUAAAUGGCGUUAUCUUGCCAUCUUGGACGGAUGAGUGCUCGCAUUUAACUAUGGACACGGUGACGAUUACAGUAAAGCUUCUACAUGCACUACUAGAGAAUAAACCCAUCGUUCGUAUGGAUUUCUGGCGACAGUUGCUGAAGUUAGCUACGCGUAUUCACAUACCCGAUAAUUUUCCUAAGCCUGAAGAUUUUACGCCCGUACAGCCAGCAGAUUUGCCCAGCAUUAAGUGGCGUCCAGAACGCACAAAACUCUUCGCUGGCAAAACAUUUGUAUUUAUGAAUCGAAAGCACCUCGAUAUGUACGGCCCGAUAGUUCUGAAAGCAGGCGGCGCUUGUAAAGAUCUCAACUCUGGCGUACGAAAACCAUUUCUAACUAAAGCGAAUGUCGUAGUCAUACAAUAUGUGACGUCUACUCAAUCCCAAGCAACAGAAACUAUUUUUAGUGUACAAUGUAUUUUAGAGCAGGCCGGACUACGUCCUGUACCCGAUUAUGAAAUUGGCUUAGCUAUUUUACACUGCUCCUUGGAAAAGUUCUGUAAUCCGUCGUACAGAAUUACUGAGAACUCUUUGGCUACAACCGAGUCCAUGGAUUCUUCGAUCUUGGUUCCAAAUACAGAACGCAGUCAAACACAACGAGACGCAGACAAAGCAUCUGAGUUUGUUGUCACCGAAUCUCAGAAAUCGGAAAUAUAUGCACCAAGCAUUGGAAGUGAAAAUCAGUCAUCGGAACCAAAACCAGAACCAAUCCAAAAAUCAAACAGGAUGCUGUCUAAAAAACAAAAUAAUGCCAUAUACUUGGACUCCUCCUCGGAGGAAGACAUUCAGAUCGAGGCGCCAAUCAAGAAAGCAAAAGCAUUUGUUGAGAACAAGUCAAAACGUAAAAUUGAACGUAUUUUAGAUUCCUCUGAGGACGAUCAACCCAUUGCCAUACAAUCGAAAAAGAAAUCGAAAACGUUGCCUGUGGUCGAGACAAGCUUAAAUAAUUCCAUUGAUGCGCCCUCUGAAGUCACCAUUAAAAAUGCCGCUGUAGAGCCAACUACAAGUAAGUCUUCUAGACGUUCAACGCGAUCCCAUCCUCAGCAGCAAGUUGAAGUAGAGACAAAGAAAAAGGAGAUCUCGCCCAGAAGAUCUGCGCGUGGCAAGCAACCUGCAGAAAAAGUUACAUUGCAAAUAGUUCAGAGUGAUAGCGAGGACGAUGAAGGACUUUUCCAAUUCAAGUCACAAGCUUCCCCACCUGUGGAGCAAGCAUCACUCAAGCCGACUGAACCCAGCAUGGACACCAAUAGUAAAUUAUCUAAGCAAGCGGUGCCUAGCCCAAAUAUCAGUAAACCAGGCAAAAUUAGUGUGCGAAAUUUUCUGGAAAAAUCACAGAGUCAGGCUUCAAGUCAAAACUUUGCUCCAGCUACAUCUCAAAAACGAAAGCGUUUGUGUUUGAAGCAGAUAAACGAAAGCGACAGCGACGACGAUGAGAAUCUUUUCAACUUUGGGGACGGCAAGAAACGUAGGCAAUCCAUUGGGCAUAUCAGAUCAGACAAUGAAUCCGAUAAUGAAAAUAUGUUCAGUUUUAAAAGACGUGAUGAACGAGAACAGAACAAGGAUGUGAGCGACGACGAUCAGGAUUCAGUUAGCACAGAACCAUUUGAAGAUGAAUCGAAACCAAAAUCAAAGUACAUUGUUCGCAAGCCAAGGGAUCAGCCUCGUAAAAUAAAUGUAAGCGGCUGGCUAUCAUGUAGCGGGCUACAUGAGGAGAUUAAGUCGGAAACUAACCCAGAUGCAGAUGGGUUAGAAAUUGAUAUAGAGCCUAUAAAGAAAGAGCUGGACGACGAGGAUGAUAAAGAGAAGCUAGAGCAUGUUAAAUGGCUUGCAAGCUUAAAGAAUAGCAUACAAGUGCGCUUGUGCAACUUAAGUAUCAACGUUGGCGACGAAGAUAAAACGGAUGCAGCCAACGGCACUGACAACAAAUACAAAGGCCGCCAGAACUUUAAGAAGUUUGUUAAGAAGAACCAUGUACAUUCGCAGCAACAUAUUGUGGGACUAAAGCGUAUGCAACUGGCUGAGGGCAUGCUCUCUAAUCUGUAAGUGUAAAAUAACUUAUUGAGUUGUGAGUUUCUUCAUGUUAUAUUUUACUACCAAUAAAUUUACGAAAUAUGUU